GAGCAGAAUGAAUGAUUAAUUUUAAUAAUAAGAGAGAAUAUUUGAUUGUUAGGUUAUGUCGAACUAAGAAACAAUGUAGUAAACAUUCUUCUAGUUUCUCGAGUGAGAAAUGAAUUAUCCUAUAUUCAUUUUGUUAUACCACGAAUCUAAAACGAGUUGAUUAUUAGGCAUAGACAAAGGACGUUCAUACGUCGAAUCUACGCCAAUAUCAUCGCGAUUUCAUGGAUUAUUCGCAACAAAGAUUGUUCGUGUGUGCAAUGAUCGCCAUUUUGCUUCUCUCACAUCUGACAUGUCUUUCUAAUGUUAUUAUCGAUGAAUACCGUAAUUCGUGCGUGAAAAUCUUAAAUUUCCUUGAAGUGUAUCUUUUAAGAAAAGGUCAAGUUAUUUCUGAUUGGACAAUAGUCACCAUUAUUAUUUGGAAUAAUCUCUUGUUGUUCCAAUUUCGAUUAAACUACGUUAAACCCCGAGCUAAGCAACCACUAGAUAAAGGCAAUUUUAUGUGCGUAAUCACAGAUAUUUUACUCUUGUUACAAGGUUUUUAAUAUGUAACAGAGAAAUGAUUAAAUGAAUUUUUAAUGUUACGUCGUUGAUAAAUUUGUUCGCAAUAUUUUCUAUGGUGUCUCGUUGUCAAUGCAAGGGGUGAACAUAACCAAAUAUUGUUGACCUCCAACGUUGUGUGUGCUCAUGUCAUCACUGAAAAAAGAACACUUCUUAAUAUGAUUUUAACUUGUCAGAUAUUAUUGAUACUUCCUUCAGCAAUAUUUUAUAUCUUAAUGCACCAUAUAUUGCAGUUGAUUAAAGAUGCAUAGGAUUUGUUAGCUAUAAACUGCUAUGUAAGACAAGGAUUGUUUUUACUCUGAUCUAGAUAUGGACUAUAGUCUCAUGCUUGUUGCUUAAAUUGAGUCUAUGUAAACACUAUGUACAUUCAAAUCUAAAUCCAAAUACAAUAACAGUAUAGUUUGAAAAUUCUUAAACGUUUAUCCACGAGAUAUUAAACAUAUUUUCAAAGAACUUGUUAUGAGUAUUAGUAAAGUAAUAUAUAUAUUAUCGAGGAUCUAUACACAGAUUUUGAAAUCAUAUAAUUUGGAUGUAGUUUGAAUGUAUUAAUAUGCAUACCAUGACGAUUUUAUAUGUAUCCAUAUAUAUAUAUAUAUAUAUAUGUAAAGUUUAAAUAGACGAUUAAGUACAUAGCAAAAUAUUUAGCAAUUAAGUAAUAUUACAUAUUAUUUUGUAAUAUAUGAGAUUUUUUACUCAAGUUUCUUUCUGCGUACAUAUUGUUUUAGUGCAAAUGUAUAAGGCUUUAAGGCCUAAGUGUAAAAAAAAUCUAUAACUGUGAUGUAAUUUAAAUGAAUUUAUUUUUAAUUUUUAUAUUUUCAGUAUUAUUUACAUAAUAAAAAGUGUAUAUAAGUGUUAGUUUUGGUAUAUCGCAUAAACUAAGUUUUAUCUAGAUAAGAAGAAUUUUGAUGUGUGGAAUAUUUGAGAAUGCAGAUAGAAUGGGCUGGAAUAAGAGUGGCAAUCAAUGAAGGUCCCUACGUCUGGAAACUCAAACAUGGACAAUAAAUUGAAGUUUUCAGAUCGCUUGAAGGCUUUAUUGAAAACUGAGGCUCACCAAGAUGUUGAUCCAUAUAUUUUUAGUGAACCAGAACCAUUUACUACAGCAGCAGGAAGAAACUGUACAGUAGUUCCGACUAGAAGUUCUAAAGUGAUGCAAAAUUGUAAAAAAAGUAAAGGCAAAUGUAUAAAAGAAAGGACAAAACUAACUCCUGUGCCAAGUGCAGGAUAUAGAACUGUUACAGAUAGAAGAACAGAUUUGGAUGUGGAAUAUGGUGGUGGGAGAAGCAUAGAUCAAAAAUAUUCUAAUAUAGUUCAAAAUAAACGACGUCACUUAGAGAAUUUGCAACGACUCAGGUCAAGGAGACAAAAUCGGGACCAUACGUUGCUAUAUUAUCCAAAAGCAGGAGCAGAAAUAUCAGAUAGUGAGUCAAGUGGAGACGAGAUGACAGUUUAUCAACGCCAUUGGUUUUCAGGAGAUACAAGUACAGAAUUAAAUCGAUCUGCAAGAUUAUCUCAACUAAGAUCUCAGUUACGGCGACGUUUGAUUCAGUUAAAUAGAAGUGACUCAGACUCAGAAGUUCUUUUACGUGAACGUGCAAGGUGUUUAUUAGAAGCCGCUUACAAGGACCCAGCAUCUACAGCUAGAGCUUUAAGUGGUUCACCAGGAACUAGUAAGAUAAUAGAUGGACCACUUCUAGUAGGAGGACAAUGUGGUGCUGAAGGAUGUCAACAAAUUUCCUUACCUUGUACGCGUCAUUGUUCUCGACAUAUUAUGUUAAAUGGAGAUCAACUUUUAUUUGAACAUUGCACUGCCAAAUUUAGUGACAACACACAGUGUUGCAUUCCUGUGUUUGAUGUUGCACAUGAAUUACCACUUUGUCCAGAGCAUGCUAGAAAAAGGGAUAAUUAUAAUCGUAAGGCUCAAGAAUCUAAACCAAAGAAAGCACGGAAAAAACCAGCAUCUCCUACCAUCCCAAGGCCUAAGCCAAAAUCCAGGCCAAAGAAAAGAAAGCGACCUCCUGCAAAUAAAUUAGAGACCAAAGGUACUUUAGCACACGAAGAGAGUCAUUAUAUGGGCCAAAUGAACUCUAGUGAAAGUCACAUUAAGACAUUGAAUAAUAUGAGUGUAACACAAGGAAGCUCAAACUCUUCGAAUUUAAACUUAGGGUUGGGAUUAAGUUCUCUUGGACUAGGAGGAGGUCUAAAAGUCGAGUUAAGUGAUCAUGAAGUAUUUGCUUCUCUGGAUCCAACAGAACAUGACUUCGGAAAUGUACUCAACAAUUUACCAGCAGAUGCGUUUAAUGAUUUAUUUAUUGAAAGUAGAAAUGGUGAAUAUGAACCAUCAAGAGAGGAGGAAGAAGAAUUGGAACGAGCUUUAGAAGCAGUGGACAAAGAUGUUCGUAAUUUAGAAAGAAUGGGACAAACGCAUGGACUUUUAGAGCCAGCUUUACUUGCUCAACUUAUGUCAGACAUAGCUUCGUAGCCCCACCUACAUUAACACUAUAAUAAUCAGAAAAUAAAUUCGCGUGUGUUCCUUAUGAUGUAGAAAAAAGAUACUGUUUUGUGUGUCUGUGCUGCUACAUGUAAACUUGUGUCACUGACUUGUUACUACACAGUUGCACAGUUGAAGACAUUGGCAGGGAUUGAUAUGCAUAUAUAGAAUGUGAACAAGAAAAAUAGUAAACUUAUCAAUUUAGGAUGAUGGACACUAGGUAACACAUGGCUAGAUUUAAUGUCAUGUAUGACAUACAGCUUGUAAAUGUUUAAGAAUUCCAUUUUUUCCAAUUAAUAGCUAAUUAAGAAAACUGUUCAUAGUUUAAAGUUGUAGUGUAUAUUUACAGCUUACUAUGAACAUACCAACAAAUUUUAGUUAACGAAGAUUUAUUGUGCUAGUGCUCUUUAGUAAUACAUUUCAUUACAUUAAUUUUUCAAAAUAUGGGCAAUGAAGAUGCAAAAAGUUAUAUUACACAAAUAUAAUUGACACAUUCAGCAUUCAGGAUAUCAACAUUCAGAAUAUUGCAAAAAUAUCAAGGUAUAUAUUCUCUUUUAUAUAUAUGUCACACAUUUAGAAUUUUAUUAUAAUUAGACAUUGUGUAUUAAUAGAGCUAUUUCAUGAUCAUCUAUUUUUCUCUUUCUAUUUGUUACAUUUUACUUAAUUGCUUCAUCUAUAUAUUAUUUUUAUCUUCUCAUAGUUACAAAAACUAAAUUUACUCGAUUUACUUUACUAUCCUAAAUGAUUAAAAAAGACAAAAUGUGUCCAAUAUAUAAAAUUAUAUCACAUUUGAUAUAGAUUAAGCAAAUAAAUGCAAAUAAGUGCAUUAUAAUUGAUUUGGAACAGUGUCACUAAUCUUUUUGUUUUUUUUACUUCAUGCAUUAUGAUUGAUUUGAAAAAUUUCAACAUUUUUUUUGUUUUUAUGAAUUCCUUGUAG